CAAUAGAUUUCACAGCUCUUUUCCCUCCACUUGUGUGAUUUUUUAAAGUGCACUUCGGCUAAGCUUUUGAUUAAUAUUUUCGCUAUUUAUUAGAUAAAAACUGAGGAUAAUUUGUUUACAUUGAUAUAGUUAUAACUUUUCGUAGUUAAUAGUAACAGUGAAUUAAAUUGUUAUUGAAGGAAGCGUGCUUUUCUUUCAAAUUUCUUUGUGACACGAAUUUCUGGUAAAUUCGAUUAUAAAUAAUGCCAGUAGAAAUGAAAAUUGCAACCUGUUCUGUAUGUGGUAAGGACGCGGCAUUGAUGUGCCAGCGUUGUGCUGAGCCUUAUUGCAAUGAUGGAUGUCAACGUUCGGACUGGCAGCGCCAUAAGUACUUUUGCAUUGUGAUGCCACCUUUGGUAAAUGUUAAUUUGGAUUUCUUAAAAACGAAAUCGAAACUGAUUGCGGAAACCAAACAAGAGAAAUCUAUUGUGAAAGCCAAGGAAUCGCCUUUAGCGCCAACGGUUCUAUCCAAGAAAUGGCGUGAUCACAUAAAAUUACGUGAAGGCAACGAAUUCUUUGAAUGUCGUGUUACACAUGUGGAUGAGAGUGGAAUUAUUUGGGUAAUUGAUGUGGCCAAUUUGGAGACUGUGGAACACUUCACUGAAAAGAUGAUCGAGGCUAUGAGUAAGCGCAAGCCCUGUGUGAGGAUUGAGGAAUUGUCAAUCGACGGCCUGGUCGGCGUGACUGUUAACAAAAAGGUUUUUCGAGGCAAGGUGAUGGAAUUGCAUCCAAAGCGUAAGGAAGCUGAUAUAUGCCUAAUAGACUAUGGAGCUGUACUUACCACUGGGUUGGAUAACAUUUACUUACCCCUAUCACCCAUGGCGGAUGCCAACGCUUUUGCAUUUCGGGUUAAGCUACCGAACGCAGAGGGCGAAGUGGUGCAGGCUAACAAGAAUCUCACAAUACGCUUGCUAGGCACCAAGACGUACGAUGGGAUCUAUCAUGUGCAACUCAAGCCCAAGUUGGCUAUUCCACUAAAUUUGCCCGUGAAGCUGCUGCAGGCGAAUCCAAAUGUCGAGAUUGUACAUAUUUUGCAACCAAACACGAUUUUGUUGCAAAUGAAAGCGCUUAAUAGCUUGAAUGACGAUUUAAAUGAAGCACUAAAAGAUAAUACUGCCAUACAAUUCACUGAACCCUUUCCCAAGUCCCCAAGCACUUUCUUUGUGGCUGCCCAGAACGAUGAAGGCUAUCGUCGAGCUUUCCUCUUGGACUUUUAUGAAAAGCCAAAGCCGCGUUAUCUAGUCUAUGAGAUGGACGAGGGUCGUGUUACCAUUACCGAUAAAUUGCGUCGCAUUCCCAGCGACCUUGUUGCUCAUCCCAUGCGUGUUUUUGCCGUAACCUUGACCACAGACUCACUAAAAGACUUGCUCAGUCAGUCUGAUAAUUUGAGUGUACAAAUUCAACCCGAGUCUGGAGCAACACGCAGCGCUAGCAUUACUCUACUAUCAAAUGGCCAGGAGAUUUGUGAAGGACGUGCUCGCACUUUCAAUGGCAAGCUAAGCGAUAUUGGUUCGAAAUUCUGGGAGGAGCCACUGACCACGGGUCAAUCGGUGUUUAUUACACGCGUUAUAAGUCACGGUGAGCUAUACGUUUCGUCGGUGGAGACCAAAAACUAUGCAAAGAUCUUGCGUGAAUUGGAGGGCAAAUGUAAACCGUUUGCUGACCCCAAAAACAUAGCUAUUGGUUGCAUUGCCCUAGUCCUCUGCCCCACUCAGGGGCAUUUCCGUGGUGAGGUCACUGAAUCAAAGGGUAAUGGCAACUAUAUUGUACGCAACAUUGACUCUGGCCAUGAACACGCUGUGUCUGGGGACAUAUUGCGCACAUCUUGCCGUUUCAUUGACACUUUGCCAGUGACUCUAACACGCAUUAAGCUAAAGACCAUUAGCGAAAUUCCUAUUGUUGCUGUGCCUGCAAAUAAUGAUGCUUGCCACAUGUUGAAAGCGCUGUGCGCUGAGGCAAAGGAGUGGACAAUACAAUUCUCCGAUUCCACUAAUGAAAUUGCUAGCUUAUUAGCAGCCGACGAUCAAAUAUCGCUGGUGAAUCGUUUAUUGCCAUUGAUCUUUACACCUCACAAAAAGACGGAGGUUAUUGACAUUCCCUCUGCAUCUGAAGUAAAAGAGGACACUAAGUACCCCUCUUUGCCACCAUCACCGAUCAGUUCGCUGAAGUCGCUGAAACUAGACAAACGUCCCAUCCCCGAAACGAAGACAUCUUCGGUAGAACGUUUUUAUUUCAAAGAUAUGAAAAUCAAAAUGAUUGCAUUUGGUAAAUCUGUCGAAAUCAUGCUACUUAAUUCGGUGGGAGUCCAUAAGACUGGCUUUGUAACAGCAUGUCAUUUUUCUGACGAUCAGGAAAUUGAAGUUUUUCAAAAGAUACUCGAUACGGUCGAACUAUAUGGUCAAGAUAAGAAGACUAAAGUGCCCGGCUAUGUGCCAGAAGUUGGAGAAUUGUGCACCAGCCUCUUUAAGGACGAUAUGCGUUGGUAUCGCGGCGUUUGCCUGGAAGUUUGUGGCGACAAGGUAAAGAUUCUAUAUUGCGACUUUGGCAAUGUCGAUGAAGUGCCCUUGGAUUACAUAAAGCCAAUACCAGGCAAUUUGGUUAAAUUUGGUUAUUCCACCAAAUGUUACAUAAAUGGAUUUGGCAAGGACAAGGAUUUCUCUGUGGUGGAGGAAUAUCUGGUAAAGCAAGCAAAAUUGACUUGCGAUGUCGAAGAAGGACCCAAGCCGAAUACACGUUCUCUCACCAUUCUCAAUUUAGAGAAAAUCUUGUCUCAGGAAAUGGUUUAGAAAACAAAAAGCAAAAAGAGCUUUAGCAAUUUUGAAACGCUAUUUCUUUUGUUUUUCUUAUCUUAAUCUUUAGUUAGUAGAUUGAAAGUUUGGUAUACACAAUAUCUGUGUAAAAUAUGUAUUUUCGUUUUCUUUUUUCUGACGUUAUUCGUAAAAUAUUGAAUAAAAUCGUUUAAUUUAGAAAUAUGUUAAUGGUAAAUGAAA